UUGCCCCUCGCAACAGUCUGUGGAGAAAACGCUGACUAUCAAGCAAGCUGGUCUCAUGAUGGUAAACAUCGACUGAAUUACAGAAAAGUAGCUACGAAAAAGUAAAGAUAACAACAGGAAAUAAUGCGUAAAAUAAGUACUGACACCCUGUGGGAUUUGGCUGCAGAUGAGGUCCGGGCCAGAGAGAGAAGAAGUAGACAAGAUCAGGAUGAUGAUGAUGAGAAUGAGGAGGAUGGCCAUGCGCCCUGCGAGAGGACUGUUUUCUUUAUGGGCAGUAAAACUGGGGGUAAAACAACAAUACUAUUCAGGUGUAUUGACAGAGAUGAAACCCCCAAACCAACCCUGGCUUUGGAGUACACGUUCGGUAGGCGAGCAAGAGCACACAGCACACUCAAAGAUAUAGCUCACCUGUGGGAACUGGGAGGAGGCACAUCUUUAUCAGAUCUUGUGCAGAUACCCAUCACAUCUCAGAACCUCAGCAUGUUGUCUCUGGUGUUGGUAUUGGACCUGUCUAAGCCCAAUGCACUCUGGACCACCAUGGAGAAACUCCUUCAGGCAGCUCUAAACCAAGUGGAAAAGGCAUUUGCCAUAACCACAAGGCCAGGAGAGGCCAGACCCAGCAAACAGUUAAGCCAAAGCAGAGCGUUGCGUAUCCUCCCCAAAGACCACCCAGACAGAGAGCUCAUCAGCCCCUUCCCUGUGCCUCUUCUUAUGAUUGGUAGCAAGUUUGACAUCUUUCAGGACUUUGAGUCAGAGAAGAGGAAGGUGAUUUGUAAGACCCUGCGUUUUCUGGCGCAUUACUAUGGUGCAUCCCUGAUAUUCACUAGCAGUAAAUCAGAGACAACAGUGUCUAAAGUCAAGAACUUCUUCAAUCAUCUAGCCUUUGGGACUGAGAGAGGGAAGUAUUUCUCUACAGACCCCAGCAAGCCUCUCGUAAUUCCAGCAGGCUUAGACUCUCUCAGUCAGAUAGGAUCUGUUGCCGUUGAUCUUGGAACACUGCACGCUAAAACUCCACUGGACCUGUGGAAAAAAGUUUUUGAAAGGUUUUUUCCUCCAGAGAGCACUAAUGAACGCAAGGAAGUGAAAGAUCCCGCCAAAGACCCCCAGUACAGUGAACUACUUAUAGAUGCCAUGAGAGCACAGAAAGACCAGGCUGAGUACCUGGAAUACUUAGUGCAAAUAACAGUCACAGGGAGCAGUGGAGCAGUGUGUCAAAGUGCACUGCAUGUGUGUUUCAUGAAGUGUUCCAGUCAGAUCCUAUUUAUGGAGUUUUUGUUUGAAACCCUUUCAUGAGUUGAUUAAUCCUCAAAAAUGUGAGAAGGUAAGGAGCUGGAGCAGUAUAAGCGAGAACUGGCAAAGUCAUGGAAAGGCUUGACUCUGGAGUCCUAGAGCUACAGAUACACAUCCUAAAAACCUCAGCAUUAAUGUAUGCUAUUUCUACAGUUCUCUCUUUUUUCCCCCAGAAAAAUAAUUUUUGACACUGUUCCAUAUUCACAUGUAGUGAGUAGCUGAAGCAGAAUCCAGAGACAGUGCUUGGACGGUUUGUAAUACCGUGUUUUUAUAUUAUUUUCUGAAAGAUGUAGUAAUUUAAUAAUUGCACGUGUAAAUAUGCAGCUAGUAAUUGUAUAAAAUCUUAUUCUAAUGUCUUACUAUUUAGUGAAUUACAGAAUUCAUGAAAUCUCCAGUACUAUUGGCACCCUUCAUCAAAAUGAGCGGAAAUUAAUAUAUAAGAUCAGUGAUGCACAAUAGGGAAUAUUUUUUAGUUUGAUCAUAUGGGGAAGCUGUAUAGGUUUAAUUUUAGCACAUUAUAUUUUCAAACAUAAAACCUUUUAUGGAGUAAUGCAUUUUGUUGCAGAGCAGUUUUAAAAAUGAUUGACACCCCCACAGUUCAUUUUGGUAAAACCUGUCCUGGAGAAAAUACAGUUGUGCUCAUAAAUAUACACACCCCUUGCAGAAUCUGCAAAGUGUUAAUAAUAAUAAUAAUAAUAAUAAUAAUAAUAAUAAUAAUAAUAAAAAGAGGAAUCAUUAAAAUUGCAUUUUGUUUUUUAUUUUGUACUACCCUGAAUAAACUUUUUUACAUAACAGAUGUUUACAUAUAGUCUCCAAGAUAAUAACUGAACCGGUUCAAAAGUUUACAUACGCUUGAUUCUUAAUACCGUGUUAAUACCGUUUUAUGUUUUCUGAUAGUUAUUCAUGAGUCCAUUGUUUGUCCUGAGCAGUUAAAUUGCCCACUGUUCUUCAGAAAAAUCCUCCAGGUCCUGAACAUUCUUUACUUUUCUAGCAUCUUCUGCAUAUUUGACCCCUUUCCAGCUGCGGCUAUAUGAUUUUGAGAUCCAUCUUUUCACACUGAGGACAACCGAGGGACUCGUACACAACUAUUACAAAAAGUGCAAACAUUCACUGAUGCUCAAGAAGGUAACACGAUACAUUAAGAGCCAGGGGGAUGUAAACUUUUGAACAGGAUGAUCGGUGUAAAUUCAAGCAACUCUGCAAAAUCCUGUAUGGAUUGUAUUAUGACCUGAUUGUGCUUAAUUCUUUUUUUUUAUCUUAUAAUGUACUUUUUAUAAACAUUACCGGACUUUUAAAGAUUAAAAAUUUUCUUUCUCUUG